AUGGUGACCUCCUGGAUUCUAAAUUUCCUCGCAAAGGAGAUUUCUAAUAGCGUUGAGUAUGUAAAUGAAUCUGUUGAGUUAUGGGGGGAGCUAGAAGACCGAUACAAUCGAACAAAUGGAGCGAAGUUAUAUCAGAUCCAAAAGGAGAUCAAUGACCUUGUUCUGGGAUCAUUAGAUAUUACUGCCUACUAUACACGAAUGAAAAGAUUGUGGGAAGAAUUAAUCACUCUUAAGGCUAAAUCUCAGUGUAGUUGCAUUUGCACAUGUGGAUCAAACGAGACAAUGCACAAGGCAAAACAAUAUCGACGCCUUAUUCAAUUUUUGAUGGGUCUAAAUGAGGUCUAUACAAUAGUGAGAGGAAGCAUCUUGAUGAUGAAACCCCUACCAUCUUUAGCACAAGCCUUUUCCCUCAUAAUACAUGAAGAGAAACAAAGAGAUUUCAGGCCAAGUAGUCAACUGAACCUAGAAUCUACUACAUUACAUGUGAAUGCUACACCUACACAACACCAAAGUCCAUUUGGAGCUAGAAAUUUCAAGACACAUUAUACUCCAAACAACAGAGGCUGUCCAUUGUGUGACUAUUACAAGAGACCGCAUCACACAAAGGAAAAAUUUUACAAGUUACAUGGCUAUCCCCAAGGAAAUUCAUACAACAAUCAAAAUCCUAAUGGAGCCAAUACUCAACAGUUCAAUCAAAAUAACAAUUCAAACCAGGCACAAGGUCACAAAUUCAACAGAGGAAAAGGAGUUGUGGCAAAUGUACAUGGAGUUCCAGCUGAUGUGUUUCAUGAGAGGAAAGAUGAUUCAGUAACACAUGAAGAGGAUCAAAAUGUCAAACUAACAAAGGAACAUUAUGGGCAGAUAAUGAGUCUUCUGCAACAUUUUCAGACAAUCAACAUAGGAGCAUCAUCUAACAAUGCCAACAUCACUAAUGUUGCUGCCAACUUCGUAGGUAUUGUGGUCUGCACUUCUUCUAUUGAUUUUGACAAACCAUCAUGCAAAUGCUUUGAGUCAAAGUCUGACCUUUGGAUCAUAAACUCAGGAGCAUCUAACUAUAUGGCCUUUAAUAGAAAAGAACUUAGUAACAUUACUACUCUACCAUAUCCCUUAUUAAUCAGCCUACCAAAUGGAUAUAAGGUGAAG